CAAGUUCCCAACAACCGCGUGGGCACGUUGCCGCCAAGCCACACGCUAUGUUCAUUGCAACCAUCCCAUAAAACUUUAAAACUUUCCCGUAUUCCUCCCCUUUUCUUCGCACCAUCCAACAACAAUCGCCUCGACAGUAGAAGAAAUCUCACGACACCCACACACACACACACACACAAUGCGGACACUCUACAUUAUCGGGCUGCUGGUGCCGCUGAUCUGCUACCUGAUGGACUCGUCGUUGCCGAAAUUCUACAUCUUCGACCCCGUCAAGCUCCAGGAACUCUCGAAAGAGUCCAUCGCCGCCGGAGCCGGAAAUGCCACCAUUGUGCUGCACCAUCUCGUCGACGCGUUGCAGCAGGAAUACGGCAUCACUCACGUCAACGGCAUCGAGAAGGACAAGUGGUUCUUCAACAACGCCGGCGGAGCAAUGGGCGCCAUGAUCAUCCUCCACGCCUCAGUGACCGAGUACCUGAUCCUGUUCGGCACGCCGCUCGGCACCGAGGGCCACUCGGGCCUGCACCUCGCCCACGACUACUUCACCAUUCUCUCGGGCGAGCAGCAGCGCUUCAAGCCCGGCGAGAUCGAGCCGUCCGUCUACCGUCCCGGCGACCAGAACUACCUUCCCCGCGGCGAGGCGACCCAGUACGUCCUCAACGGCUGGGCGCUGGAGCUCGCGCAGGGUUGGAUCCCCAGCAUGCUCCCGUUCGGCUUCCUCGAUACCUUCACUAGCACCCUCGACCUCCCCAACCUGUGGAAGACCGUGUAUCUCACCGGUGUCAACAUGGUUGGGCAGUUGAUGCUUGGAAAGUUCUAGGCAUGGGUGUUGUGCAGUAGAUAUGGUUGGACGGGAGGAGGUUACGAGAUGGACGUUGAUUAUAAUACCCGGCGUGUGUGUAUUUGUGUAAUGUAAUGUCAUGUCACGGAAUGAAUAUAUGAUGUGUGC